AUGCAUUCUCAAGCCGGUGUAGAUGUGCAUGAGAAUCGUAUUAACUACGCGUAUCGCUACAUAGACAACAACAAGAACAAGAAAGCAGUGAGCUGCAAAGGUACCUCGCGAUGUGCCCUGCGAAAAACGGGUGGGCGUGGUUACCGGAAACGCGAAACAGCAGGAAACGAGGCGGGAUCGAUUGCCAACUGGCAAAGAUAA